GCGGCGCGCAGCACGUGGGGGCGGUGCUGGACCAAGGCUUCCAAGACCCUCCCGGCAGUGGAAACUGAGACUGCGCCGCCACAGUGAACAAGAAAUAACGAGGUGAGGGAGUCUGGAGGGAUACCGUGAAGCGCGAAGACCGAAUGAACGUCAUGGAGGGCUCUGGGGAGCAGACGAUCCCACAGCCCCCGCAUUCCGGGGACCACUGCAUUCACGAUGGCGACUUCGUGGUGCUGAAACGGGAAGAUGUGUUCAAAGCAGUGCAGGUCCAGCGGAGAAAGAAAGUAACUUUUGAAAAACAGUGGUUCUACCUGGAUAACGUCAUUGGUCAUAGCUAUGGAUCUACGUUUGAAGUGACCAGUGGAGGAAGUCUUCAGCCCAAGAAGAAGAAGGAAGAGCCCACCUCAGAUACUAAAGAAGCUGGCACUGAUAAUCGAAAUAUAAUUGAUGAUGGAAAAUCUCAGAAACUUACCCAAGAUGACAUAAAAGCUUUGAAAGACCAGGGCAUUAAAGGAGAGGAAAUAGUUCAGCAGUUAAUUGAAAAUAGUACAACAUUCCGAGACAAGACAGAAUUUGCUCAAGAUAAAUAUAUAAAAAAGAAGAAAAAGAAAUAUGAAGCCAUCAUUACUAUCUUGAAGCCAUCCACUCGUAUUCUCUCAAUUAUGUAUUAUGCCAGAGAACCUGGAAAAAUUAACCACAUGAGAUAUGAUACAUUAGCCCAGAUGUUGACAUUGGGAAAUAUCCGUGCUGGCAAUAAAAUGAUUGUCAUGGAAACAUGUUCUGGCUUAGUGCUGGGUGCAAUUAUGGAACGAAUGGGAGGUUUUGGCUCCAUUAUUCAGCUGUACCCUGGAGAUGGACCUGUUCGUGUAGCAACAGCAUGUUUUGGAUUUCCCAAAUCUUUCUUCAGUGGUCUUUACGAAUUCCCCCUCAACAAAGUGGACAGUCUUCUAAAUGGAACAUUUUCUGCUGAGAUGUUAUCUUCAGAGCCAAAAGACAGUGCUUCACUUGAAGAAAGCAAUGGUGCAGUUGAGGAGAAGCAGUCUUCUGAGCAGGACAAUGGUGACAACAUGGCAGAGGCCCCAGAGAGCAAUCUCCCAGAAGAACAAGAAGUAAUGGAAAUUGUUUCUCAAGAUACACAACACAAGGAGCCUAAAGAGAGAGAAGGCAAAAAAGACUAUAUGCAGGAAAAGCAAAGGAGACAAGAAGAGCAGAGAAAAAGACAUUUAGAGGCUGCUGCUCUGUUGAGGGAAAGAAAUGCAGAUGGCUUAAUUGUGGCCAGUCGUUUCCAUCCCACUCCACUCCUGCUGUCUCUGCUGGACUUCGUGGCCCCCUCAAGGCCAUUUGUGGUCUACUGCCAGUAUAAAGAGCCUUUGUUGGAAUGCUACACAAAACUUCGGGAAAGGGGUGGGGUCAUCAACCUCAGGCUGUCUGAGACCUGGCUCAGAAAUUACCAGGUUCUGCCAGAUCGAAGUCAUCCUAAACUGCUGAUGAGUGGAGGUGGUGGCUACCUUCUGUCAGGCUUCACUGUUGUCUUGGACAACCUUAGAGCAGACGCCAGCCUCAAGUCCAGCACAAGCACUUUAGAGUCUCCCCAAACUGAGGAGCCAGCACCUAAAAAACAGAAAUGCACUGAGUCUGGCUCUUAAGUUGUCAGGGAUGGCUUUGAUUUUUGUCUUCAGGUGUUCUGAAGUUGAUAAACUUUUAAGUGCUAUUGCUAUUGUUUCUUCAUGCCCUAAGAAUACAAAUGUGUGUGUUCAUCUUUUCCUCAGAAGGAGAGAAGUAAGCCUAUUGUCCAUUUCUGACACAGAUGAGUUCAGGCUGUCAAAAUUGUAACUCAAGUAUGCAUUCAUGGAUUGAUUCAGUACUUGUGUUUA